UGACUUGAUACAGGCCUUAUGAAUCCUAGCCAAUCAGAGAGGAGGUGACAGCGUCAUAGCAGCCUAGGGAGUCGAGGAGCGAGAGUUGAAAUUUUUCCUCCGCCAUUACAGAGACGAUCGAGCGCAGAGAACCCCUUCAAAAUGUUGUACUUAGAGGACUAUCUCGAGAUGAUCGAGACCCUGCCGCAGGACCUAAGGGACCGGUUCACGGAAAUGCGCGAAAUGGACCUGCAAGUGCAAAAUGCCAUGGAUACGCUGGAGGAACGGGUAAAAACGCUUUUUACCAACGCCAAGAAGAUGAAACCAGAAGCGCGGGAUGAGCAGUUUGAGAAGAUUCGCCAGGAUUAUUACAAGGCACUUGAGGAUGCGGAUGAAAAAGUUCAGCUUGCCAACCAAAUCUAUGAUUUGGUUGACCGGCACUUGCGCAAACUUGACCAAGAACUCCAGAAAUUCAAGAUGGAAUUGGAAGCAGACAAUGCUGGUAUCACAGAAAUCUUGGAGAGAAGAUCCCUGGAGUUGGACAACCCUACCCCAUCUGGAAGUCAACAUCAACAUGGCGGAAAACCUAAAACUGAAAAGAGAAAGUAUGUGACACAGACAGAACACCAGCCUGAGAAGAGACCAGCAUCUGACAAGCUGCUGAGAACGUUGACCAAUGGGACGCCAGACUCUCCUGUCAGUUACCGUAGCAACACAUCCACCCCGCCCACUCCUAGUCUCUACCCAAGUCUGCAGCAGCCUUCUCCUGCACUUACUUUGCCCAACCUGGGUCAAAUUGGUGCAGGAAGUGGUGCUAUUGCUGCUGCUGCUGCUCAAGCUGUCAACCAAACACUUCAGAUGCAACAGGGACGUCGCACCUCCAGCCUUAAGACCACGUACGAAGUGAUGAAGAACGCCAACCUGACCAACUUAGGACUAGACUUCAACCUGGGGACCAACUACGGAGUCACAGCACAGGCCAACUCUCCCAGUGUCUCUGCUGCCGACACAAGCAGGUCUCAGAGAACACAGAAAAAAACACCAAAAGCUGCAGCAGCUGCCGCAGCCGCAGCGGCUGCCGCCUCCACACCUGUCCCGCCACUGCACCUGUGGAGACCUUCCAGCCUCAGGCAACCAUCAUAGAGGAACCCACUACAUCGUCCAUGGACUGGACCUUCGAUCCUAAUGAACCAAGAUACUGUAUAUGUAAUCAGGUAUCCUAUGGAGACAUGGUGGGCUGUGACAAUGAAGAUUGUCCGAUUGAGUGGUUCCACUACGGCUGUGUCGGCAUCUCCGAGCCGCCCAAGGGGAAAUGGUACUGCCCACAAUGCACUGCUGCUAUGAAGAGGAGGGGGGUCAAACAAAAGUGAAUCAGCAAAAUAUGCAAUGCAUAAGACACCUGUAGAAUACAAAAAGUGUGACCUCAGUCCCUUGCCCUGGUUUGAUCUGUUAUCUUUGCGAUGGUGUUAUGUGAAGUGCUGUGGCAUGUACAGAAUGGAGGCCCAAGAAGAGCAGAAGAGAAGUUAGCUGUGGGGGCUUCGUAGGUGUUGUAGGCUGGGCAAUGGAAAGAUAUAAAUCAGGUAUAUUAAAGUGGUCAUCACAUGGAAGACUUAAGUUUUCAGCAGUACACCUUUAAUGUUGGCCAGCAUCUUUAUCUUCAAGCAUUAUACCUUGACUUGAGAAAAAUUCCUGUGUGCUCUUCUGACUUAAAGGUUGCUUAAAGCUUGUACUUCUAACAAUGACGUCUUCCGCUUCAAAACCCCUCACCUGUUUGGUAAGCAUGUGACUUGUUGGAUGAAGGAAUAUUGACCAUCGAGAUAGAGCGUAUACCAAAAGUCUUAGCACUGCUUUGCAUACUUGUGCAGAAUGUAUGCCAAAAGUCUUACCGGUAGCACUGCUUUGCAUACUUAUGCAUACCGAAUAGCAGCCUCUGGCAAAUAAAAAUAUGGAUAGUUGAAAUGCUGGUACAGUACCUCAGAAAUAGCAACAGCUGCUUCCUUAUUACAAAACAUCAGAAAAAAACAAUGUAGAAAAAACAUUUACCAAGAUGGUGGCAACAAUUAUCUGUUACCAUUUCAGAAUGGUAUAGACUUGAGAAAAACUUUUGUUUUGCAGUCUACAAAGUCUAAGUAACAAAAUUAGCAUAUGGCAUGUUUUCUUGCUAUAGCCUUACACACAAGGUGUGGGUAAUACUUUAUAAGGACCCUGUUAAGUGUAACAGUUCAGUGCAAUGAAAGUGUACAUAAAAACCUUUAUUUCAACAGGAAGAAUGUAUGAUGUAGUCUUUCCUCACAGAUGUGUUGCAGUAACUUCAGACUAGAUACCAAACCAUUUCCAAACAUUUUUAUUGUGAUGAAGUAAACAAUCUCAAGAUGAA